AUGGCAUCGCUAUUCACUUUCGAUCACGACCCUCCCAGGGUCGACUCUCCUUGGAAGACUGGCCAGGGUUCCGGGCAAAGACCUACUAAUGGACGGUCCGUGUCUACCGGAGCCAUUGUUGAGUCAGACCAGUCGUCUGACGCCCAGCUCGACAGGCUUGAGGCAGAGCCGCAAGACGGCCCCAUCGAAUACAAGCUGCACCUAUUGCUACGGCCACGCAGGGUCUAUAAGACAAUGAACACCACCCUCGUUGUCGCCGGCUCGCAGGCAUCUAGAAACGGCCAAGGCGCGAAGCCCGCAAAACCGCCAGGUGCGUCGCUGGCCUCCUCGAACCAAUCUCGACAAAACCGGCUCCAGCACUUAACUACACAACUGCUCUGGAGAUUACAGCAGUCUUCCCCUCAUCAUACUACCGCAAGGGGUGAUUUGGUCAUACCAAAACUUCCUCAAGGCGAUGCUGAGCUUGAUGUCUUGGAGCAACCUGGCAAGCUGCUACCUGGCCUGGAGGAGUCGAACGGAGCUCUCUACGAAAUAGGUGUGGCCGAUGACGGAACUUUCGUGGGUUUGACUAAGGGUGAGAUGGACGAAAGCAUGACUACCCUCAAGAUCAUGGCUGCUAGCUUAGGGUGCAGAGUCGAGGUGCAGCGGAUGAAAGCCGUCGGUACUUGCCAAUGGGUCGAUUCAACCCUCGGGCUUCAACAGGAGGACCUUUGGGUAGCAGAAGCCCUUGUCAUGCCAAUUAUAAGCAGCCAAACAAGGGCGAGCGACAAGGACGACGAGACCAAUACCGCCCCUAGAAGAGGCGUAUCAACUACCGAACAGAUCCGGUUUGUGCUUACGGGGCCUACCACCUCUGGGAAAACUACGAUACUCGGGACUCUCAGCAACGGGACCUUGGACAAUGGUCGAGGUCUCAGUAGGAUCAAUUUACUGAAACAUCGACACGAGGUUGCGUCUGGUCGAACCAGCUCUAUCGCGCAGGAACUCAUCGGCUAUCAGGGUAACACGAUAUGCAACUACAGCGUUGAUAAUAUCAACGAGUGGCCAGAUAUCCAUGAUCGUGCCGAGCCUGGCCGGUUGGUGUUCAUCUUAGACUCGGCUGGACACACUCGAUACCAGAAAACCACUUUACGGGCCCUGGUUGGAUGGGCGCCCCAUUGGACUCUGCUGUGCAUUGCUGCGCGUGACGAUGGCCCGCCCUCUUCCGGUACACAUUCUUUAUCCGGGGCAGAUGGAGCUAUGGGUGUAGGAAUACCAUCAAUGGAUCUGGCUAUGGCGUAUCUUGAUCUCUGCCUCGGGCUUGAGAUGCCUCUUGCUAUCCUUAUCACAAAAACCGAGCUGGCCACACGCCCACAGCUGAAGGACAAGUUGAAUGCGAUAUUCUCCAAAAUCAAAUCUACUGGGAGGAUCCCGAAGCUGCUGGCUACCGCUAGUUGUGAGGGUGACAACCUCGCCCACGUGCCCGAUGCGGCCCAGACAAAGAUGAAGAACGAGGUCAUCGACGCCAUUACCAAGUCAGAUGGACUGCUCACCAUCGUUCCGGUCAUUCUUACGUCCGCCGUCACAGGAAUGGGCAUUGGACUGACUCACGCCCUACUGAAGAGCUUGCCAGUGCCGCCUUCGCCAACUGCGCAAGAUUUCGCUUCCCUGACCCUCAAUAUGGAGCAGCCCGCUGCUCUUUUCCACAUUGACGAGGUUUUUGACCUGUCUCUCAGUCGUGCUCAGACGCCUAGUGGGUCAAGUGAGAACGCACCUGUCGUUACCGGCUAUCUGCGCUUUGGGAGGCUGUCAAUUGGAGAGAACGUGGUCUUGGGGCCAUUUCCAGCAGAUGAAGAGGAUGAUGGUGCCCUCAUUCCGAACGACCAUCCCUCCCCAGGCUACGGGCUGUCCAUCCCUCAUCCCUUGUCUGCCGAAUUCGCUCGCCUGAGUGUCCGUAAUACGUUGACAGCUUCCAAGAUCGAAGGCGAAUGGCGUAACGCUCGAAUAGUCAAUAUCCGUGAGCUCAGGCUUCCGGUACGAACACUCGAAGCUGGACAGGCUGGUUCCAUCCAGGUCGUAUUCGAAGAAGAGUCCAAUGAAGAGAUGCCGGAUACUGAGAAGCCAAAGAAACCUGGCACGAGCAUUCGCAAGGGCCAGGUUCUAGCCAUGCCUAGUCAACACAUGAUCGAUACCGGGCUCUCACUGCAAGCUUCAACCGGUUUCACGGCUUCCUUUCGGAUCUCGGACAUCAAAAACCUCGGUGUUGGUACUCUUGUGAAUGCUUACAUAGGAAUGGCGCGUGCAGCCGCUCGAGUGUUGCGUGUGGUGCGCCAAAGAUCAGGGUUGGAUCCACGCCAUGUUUCGAGUGAAGCUAACGACGACGUGUUCGGCAUACACGAUCACAUCGAACUUGAGCGCACCAAGUCUGAAGCAGAUCUUGAUGAGAUGAACGCAGAGUACCAUGUCUCGCUGGAGCUCAUAAGUCGGGAAUGGAUCGAGCUUGGGUCUCGAGUUGUUCUGCUUGAAGGAGGCACCAAAGACAAGUCGGGACUCGAAGGGUUUGUCGGCAAAGUGAUCGAGGUCAGAGUAGUCCCCACGCGAAGGGAAUGGACCGAAACAGCGAGGAUAGCCCCUGGCUGUGAUUGGGAACGGAGCGUGUGA